UCCAGGCGGCAACACGUUGCAUUGAAAGAGUUAAAGUCCAAAAUCCUAUUACGGCCUCUUUAUGGUUACACUUUAAUUGAUUUAGACACAUGGUCACGUGGUCGGAAACCAGGAGGCUGCGCUGUUGCCCGGAUGAGACACUCAAAACACGUCGUGCUUGUCACAUGAAGUGGACCUCUGCCUGCAGACCAGCAUGGAUUUCAUGACAGAUCAGGAUGUGCAGAAGUACAGGGAGGACGGCUACGUGGUUCUGGACGGGCUGCUCACCUCUCAGGAGUGUGACGAACUGAGGCAGAGGAUGUCGGAGGUCGUGGACAGGAUGGACGUCCCCGAGCACUGCCGCACCACCUUCUCCACCUACCACGACGAGCAGCUCAAAACACAGGGAAACGCUGACUAUUUCAUCACAAGUGGAGAUAAGAUCCGCUUUUUCUUUGAGAAGGGAGUUUUUGAUGACAAAGGGGAGUUCAUCGUACCAAAACAGCGCUCAGUAAAUAAAGUCGGACAUGCACUUCAUGCGUACGAGCCUUUGUACAAAAAGGUUACACAUUCACCCAAAGUUCAGGGCAUCGCUAAGAAGCUGGGUCUUGCCACUCCAGUGAUUCUGCAGAGCAUGUACAUUUUCAAGCAACCAGGAAUUGGUGGAGAAGUGACACCACACCAAGAUGCCACAUUUCUGUUCACGGAGCCGCUGGGCAGAGUCAUGGGGCUGUGGAUCGCCCUGGAAGAUGCUACUGUUAACAACGGCUGCCUGUGGUUCAUCCCAGGGUCGCACAACAGUGGCAUUUCUCGUCGUAUGGUUCGCACCCCGAAGGGCACCUUUCCCCUGACGGACUUCAUCGGUAAAGAGCAGACGUAUGAUGAAAAGAAGUUUAUCGCCACGCCGGUUAAAAAAGGCGGUGUCGUCCUGAUCCACGGGGAGGUGGUGCAUCGAAGCGCUGAAAACAUCUCCGAAGACUCUCGCCACGUCUACACCUUCCACAUCAUGGAGGCCCAGGAGACCCGCUGGAGCCCCGACAACUGGUUGCAGCCCACUGAAGAGCUCCCGUUCCCACCUCUCUACACUAAAUGAAGAAUGUCUUUGACUGCUCAGGAUACUUUCCAAAAAGGGACCAACAUAGCAACUGAUACUGAGAUGAUCUGAGCACAACAGACUCUAACUUCAUGCUAACGUUACGCCAGUAAAGUGAGGAGAAGAUUUUUUUUUUGUGUGUGUUGUUUGCUGACAUAAUUAUGAGACCUGAUUACACUGUUGGCUUUUAACUAGUCAACUCUUGUGCUAGUAAAACCCACGUCUAUUUGUGAUCAAGUCCACUGAUUCCUAAAGAGACCUCUACAACAUUAUUUUAGACAUUUUUUUCCAACUUCAGCGUUUUUGCUUGCCCACCAUACAGGGCUGAGAACGGGGGGGGGGAGGGAUCUGUUUGUUUGUGCCAUCUGCCCAUUCAAAGCAACAGCAGGAUGAAGAGGUAGAGUGGGAGCAGGAGGUUG